UGAAAUGACGUUUUAGUUUUACAAAAUUUGGUGAGGCAGUACAAGGAAAAGAAAAUCAAACAAGAUAUGUAAUACCUAUAUUUUUGGUUUAUAGUUGGUGGUUGAAGUGAAACUUUUGUUGCAACUUGAUCAGUUUGUAAAGUUUAUGUUAUAUUUCAAUUUUUACAUAAAAGACAAUAAAUCCUUGUGUUGCGAUAGUGACUUGCAUUGUUGUUAUCGAAAUAGUCCGUGUGCAUUACGUACUGUAUGACAAAGAUAAGGUUUCUGUAAACAUAAUGACAGAAUCGGAUUCUUAUUCUUCACUAAAGGCAUUGGCGGCAAGCCACUUGUCCAAGACAUGCGUGCAGAAUGAUGAUCCAGUUAGUUCUACCAAGCGUAUUCCUAUACCUAGCCUCAAUGGUGUUCAAAAAGGUUUGUCUGAUACGAGACUAUCCUUCUCGCUAGGAAGAUUGCCUGGCUUACCAUUACCUCCUUUUAGUUUAAGUGAAAGCCCCAUCAGAAAUGUUCUUGAAGAGCAGUUGACAAAUAGGUUCAGAGCACAAGAACAAAGAAGGAAAGAAGUGGAAAAUAUGCAACUAGCUGAAUCCAUGAAAAAACUUAAAGUUGAGGAGGAUUUUGAAAUUGAUUUGAGAACAGCUUUAGAAGAUGGAAUUCGUGCCAAACAAUUAGGUCCUGGACCACCCAAACCCAUAGAAGAGGUACUAAGUAGUAGUAGUUCCUUUGAAUCACUAUUCGAGCCAAAGUUUAUCAAUUGUGAUGAAGAGCAAGAGCUACCUACAGAAUCCCCGGAGCCUGUUUUGCCCUGUGUUACAGACAUGUCUUAUAUUCUUAAUCAAAAAGUAAAGAAAGGCAAAUGUUCCGCUUUUGGAAAAGUCUUGACAUCCCGACUGAGACCAGUCGCUGCUCCAUAUCUGAGAGAAAAUAUAAGCUCUAAAAUUGUGAGAUUUGAUUUCAACACAAAAUCUCCUUGUGAUUGUAUUAAAGAGAAGUUACGGAAACCUACUAUGUAUGCUGCACACACAUUUGACAUUAAUAAUUUUGUGUGAAAUUUGAUAGAUUCAUGCAAUAAUAUUAAAUUAGAUAAAUGAAUGACUAUGUAUUAUAUUUCAUUACAUAGAAGAUUAUAUUUUUAUAUAUAUUAUUCAUGUUAGUAACAUUCAUUGUUGGUACUAACAUA